AUGCCCGCCCCCUCCAGCAACAGAGGCCCAAACCACCAACCGAAUGAAUAUACUUCCCUCGUCUCUAAGCCUAUCGAUGAUGGGCCACCAUGGAACGACUCCGAAGAAAACGAAAGCCCAUUCUCACGACCUCUCAUACUCGCCGAGUUCUGGAUCUUGCUGAAAGACUCAAUUCCUGUGAUCUUAGCCUACACGCUGCAAAACAGCCUCCAAACAGUAUCGGUGUUGAUCAUCGGUCGCUCAUCGCCGGAGAACCUCGCAGCGAGUGCAUUCUCGCAGAUGUUCGCGAUGGUUACAGCGUGGAUGAUUGCUUUGGGAGGUACCACGGCUAUGGAUACACUCGCCUCCUCCUCGUUCACAGGAAGCUCUAAUAAACAUGAUUUGGGAAUCCUGCUACAGCGGGGUUUCUUCGUCUUGGGAAUCAUGCGAGCUGGAACAUACGUGCUGCUGAUUAUAUUACCAUUAAACGCCGGUCUCAACUUCCUAUUCUGCUAUACAUUUGAGAUCGGCCUCUUAGGCGCACCUCUCGCAACUGGACUCUGCUACUGGCUUUCAUUUGCAUUGCUAGUUCUCUACGCACGCUUCAUCAACGGCUCAGAGUGUUGGGGCGGAUGGUCUCGCGAGGCAUUCCAAAACCUUCACACAUUUGCACGACUCGCUCUUCUAGGCGUUGUGCACGUUGGAACAGAAUGGUGGGCAUUUGAGAUCGUCGCUUUAGCUGCCGGGCGUCUGGGCACUGUCUCACUCGCUGCUCAGAGUGUCAUUAUGACAGCCGAUCAAGUUCUCAAUACGAUCCCUUUUGGAAUUGGGGUAGCGACAUCCGGUCGCGUCGGUAACUUACUAGGAAAACGGGACGAUACCGGUGCGGCGCGGGCGGCGCAUAUCUCUGCCAUGCUGAGCAUGGUUUUGGCGAUCUUCAAUGGUGAUUCGAGUGUUGUGAGUCUCACAGCUGAGGUCCUGCCGUAUGUGGCGCUUUUCCAGAUUGCCGAUGGGCUUAAUGGGAGUUGUGGGGGAAGUCUGAGAGGAAUGGGACGGCAGCAUGUGGGUGCAUUGGUUAAUUUGGUGAGUUAUUACUGUGGUGCAUUGCCGUUGGGAAUCUGGCUUGCGUUUCACGGUUGGGGGCUUAAGGGUCUGUGGGUUGGACAGUGUAUUGCUUUGUAUUUGGUUGGUGUUUUUGAGUGGGUUAUUGUUGCGCGCAGUCGAUGGGAUACUGAGGUGCAGAAGGCUUUCCAGCGCAUGGAUGUACAUGAGACUUUGGAGGAUGGGAUUUGA